UAACUAUCAAAAAUAAUAUCAUGUCUGGCCCAAUGAGCCUUAAAGUAAAAAAAUAUAAAAUUAAACACAAUUUGGGGAUCUCUUGCUCUCUACAUAUUCCAAACAAAUCCAAUUCGUCAUCGUCACUUUCCUUCCGAUCAAGUUCCCCAGCGUUGAUAUUCUGGGUUUCGGAAUUCACCAAUUUUCGGCAACCCGUAUCAAAUUUCGCAGUUGAUUCAGCGUUAACCAUGGGAGGCCACGGUGGUUUGAACAUCCUUCCGCAGAAGCGGUGGAACGUCUACAACUUCGACAACAGAGAGAAAGUCCGCAAAGACGAGGAAGCCGCCGCCAAGGAAGCUCAGAUUCAGCGCGAGGAAGCCAGAAAACGAGACGCCCAAUCUCGCCUCGAGGUUCUCCGUAACGUCCGCGGCUUAGCUCCUCUCAAACGUCCUUCUCCCGAGGCAGAGAAGGGUAAAGACUCCGCUCCAGCUCCUGCUCCUGCUUCUCCUCCCAAGACGGCUGCUGUGAAGAUUGCUGAGCCCGAGGAGCCAAAGACUGGUCACAUCAAUCUCUUCGAAGGGAUUAAGAUCUUCGAUCCCAUCGAGUUGCCGAAGAAGGAUGAUAAGCCUGCGGAUGAGGAAGAUCACAGAAGGAAGAAGAUGAGGAAAGAAGCUGCUGCGACGGCAAGAGCCUCCGCGAAGGAUGCUGCAGCGAGAGCAGGGGAUCCCGAUGAGGAGAAGUAUAGGUUGGGGUAUGGUGUUGCUGGUAAAGGAGUGAAGCUUCCUUGGUACGUUGAGAACAAACGUAAGUAUGAAGAUAGAGUUGGUGGUCGUGGUGAGGAGGAUGGUGGACUUAGAAGUGAGUCUAAGAAGAAGAGUGGGAAGAAGAGCUUGAAGGAGCUAAGAGAAGAGAGGUUGAAGAGGGAGAGGGUUGAGAAGGAAAGAGAGAGAGCCCUUUUCAUGAAACAGAGUCAGAGAAGUGGUGGCUUUUCACGUAGAUGAGAGAGCUUCGUCUUUUUUUCUUUACCAAGUGUUGCCCUUUCCAAGGUGUACUUAUAUAUUAAUUCACACUUCAUGAUUAAAUUAGUAUCCAAACUUAAUUCUUGUACAUUAUUUGUGUUGAUAGAGUCAUGGUAGAUAGUUUGGAGAGUGAUAGGUCUCUGAGUAUCGAGGAAUCAGAAGUUUAUCAGUUCCUAGCAUGGUUGUUUGUUAGUUUCCUUGUAGCAUUUAGACUUUUAAGUUGGAGCGUAUGUGUUUGAUAUGUGCACUUGUUUCAGUUUUGAGUUGGUAGCUGAUAGUCUCAU